AAAUUUUAACUAAACCUAACACUAUUGAAGUUGAUGAUGACGAUAAUAAUGACUAUAUUGAAGAAUCUGACGAAGAAAUCACUGACUGCACUGAAGAUGGCCGACCAAUGAAACGAAACAAAAAAAAGUCUAAAAAAUUCUUUCCAAAAUCAGUUGCACGAACUGAAAAGGCAUCGGAGCUUACUUUCUCACAUCCUUACAAAGAAAUUCUCAAAAUUCUUCAAAUCAAUUAUACUUCCUUUGAAAUAAGUGAAGAUGAAGCUGAAACAUCAGCCAAAAAGCGUGGAAGAAAAAAAUUAUAUGUUCCAGAAAUGGCUUUUAGAUCAGAAGAAGCUAUCCGUAUUAUUGAACAAAUCGAUCAAGCUAUAAGAGUUGAUGAAUCAGUUCAACCUGAUGAACGUAUUCGUAUUACUCAAGAGGAUGAACAUUAUACUAGCCUAGUUGCUGAAAUACCUGAAUCCAAAAUAAAUAAAUUACCUUCUUGGGCUGUCUGUAAAGGUGCAAUUUGUACAUCCAGCAGUGAUAAUAGUUCUAGUAGUUCUG